AUGACGACUCGGGAAACCGCCUCAUUCGACUCACGCCUGGCAGCCAAGAACUCUUCGACAGAUUUGUGUGACUUCCCGCCGUUGACAAUGGGCGUUUCGCCUCACCCGCUGCUCUCCCCCCUCAGCAGCAGCAGCAACAGCAGCAACAGCAGCAACAGCAGCAGCAGCAGCAGGGGAGACCCCGACAGCAGCAGCAGCAGCAGCAGCAGCAGCAGCACCAGCAGCUAUCCGUUGAGCCUUUUUGCUGCGAAGCCGAACUAUGAGGGGCUGCUGAAGCUGAACUCGACGAGCAGCAUCAAGGACCCCGGCGCUCCGCAGGACGCGGCCGUGCGCCUCAAGAUGCUCAAGUCCAUCGAGCGCCUCUGCAAACUCAACUCCGGCCAGGUCGGGGAUUUGCGCGAGGCCGUGGAGAGGAGCCACACGGAGCUGCUGCAGCAGCUGAAGACAGACGGCACGAAGCAGCGCUCACAGCUGGAGGAAGUUUCUGCUGCUGCGGACGCAGUGGCUGCGGCAGUAAAUGAGGCGAAGCAGCAGCUGCAGCAGCAACUGCAGGACCUGCAGCAGCAGAUGCAGCAGCAGCUGCAGCAGCAGCUGCAGCAGCAGCUGCAGCAGCAGCUGCAGCAGCUGCUGCGAGAACAGCUGCAGCAGCAGAUGCAGCAGCUGCAGGAACAGGCUGCAGCACUUUUGGAGGAAACUACGCGGGAAGCAGCAAAGCAAAUAGAGGCAGCAGCUGCGGAGCGGCUGUCGCUGUCCGCAGCAGCAGCAGCAGCAGCAGCAGCAGCAAAUGCGAGGGGAGAAGAAGCCCUGCAGUCUCUCGCUGCAAGUGUGGGAGCAGCAGCAGCAGCAGCAGCAGCAGCAGCAGCAGCAAGCGACUCCGCGUCUUCCUGCGGGAUAUUCCCCUUCAGCUGCCAGUCGAGCCGCUCGACUUCUGCUGCUGAUCCUUUUCAACUGAGGGAUCCAAUUAGAGAAAACGAAAAAGCAGCAGCAGCAGCAGCAGCAGCAGCAGCAGCAGCAGCAGGAGUGCGGGGAGUGGAGGGGAGCGAGCUGUCUGUGCAGCAGAAGCUGCAGCGGCAGCGCAGCAGCAGCAGCAGCAGCAGCGACACGGAGAGCGACGCGGAGCUGUCGACAGCAGCAACAGCAGCAGCGGCUGCUGCUGCUGCAGCGGCGGCUGCGGACCCAGCGCCAGCAGCAGCAGCAGCAGCAGCAGCAGCAGCAGCAGCAGAUCUCUCGCUGCAGCUGCCCCCAGAAGCCCCUGCUUCUGCAGAACUCCUCGAAACCAUUCUCACCAGCAGAGACAUUUCUCCAGACUUGUCUUGGAUUCAUUCGACGCUGCACGAGUUGAAGAAGGAGGCCAGCAGCAACAGGCAGCUGCUGGGUUGGAUUUGCAGGCACCUCGACCAGCAGCAGCAGCAGCAGCAGCAGCAGCAGCAGCAGCAGCAGCAGCAGCGGCGCGCUGCAGCAGCAGCAGACGCAGAGACCUUCCACAUCUUCACGCCCCUCGUCCUCAGCCGGCAAACCAGCGACGCGUCGCUGUCCGACUCGCCCUCGCCCUCGCCGCCCCGCAGCAGCAGCAGCAGCAGCAGCAGCAGCAGCAGCAGCAGCAAAAGCAGCAGCACGAAGGAAGUGGUGCUUGCGCCCCCGGGCUCCCCUCGCGGAGUCGUGGAGACUGCGAGCAUCAGCAUGGCCAAGAGCCGCGAGAAAUUCACCAGCAGCAGCAGCAGCAGCAGCAGCAGCAACGGCAGCAGCAGCAGCAGCAAGCCGCAGCAGUCCCACUACUUCCCCAAAAUCCACACUGCAGCAGGAGACCAGGACUGGGAACAGUACAUCAGCACUAACAAGGGAGUCAGAAAGGAAGUGGGAUAA